GGGCAUUGACCCGCGGCCCUUGUAGUCACGCGGCAGCUGCUCGCAGGGCCUUGGCAUGUCUGAACAACACCCCAUCCCCUUCACUCCCCCUCUUCUCAACACAUUUAUCUUGUACGACCGGAGUGACUCUCUGUAAACAACCUUAGUGCGAACUACUGCGUCCUUCGGUGCCGCGCGUGUCUGCAUUUCUCAAAAUAACCUACUUUCGUGUUCCCAUUUGUUGUUCUAAAAAUAUCUUCGCUGCGUAUGAACACACACCAGAGCACUUCCUUCAGUAGCUGACAGAGCCACGGAAUAGAGCACCUGGCAAGAGGCUUAUGAUUGUCUACAUACAAGAACUGUCUGCAUUUUUGCGGAACCGACAGACGUCUUUACCAACACUCUUGUACACCAGCCGUUGAGUGCAGCCCAACAAGCCUGAGAGAAGAGAGCAGACGUGUGUAGUGUUGACGAGGCAAGGACAAGACGCCAUUGUGAAAAGACUGUCGUGUAGUCGCUGUGUCUUGUUUCCACUCACCACCAUCAGCGUCGACACCACGACAACGACGAUGGCAAGUAGCAAUGUACCUGAUGAUGUCGCCUUCAUCUGCAGCGUGUGUUUGGAGCCGUACAAGGGUCGCAAUCCUAAACUGCUGCCUUGUUUUCACACACUUUGCCUCCCUUGUUUGAAGGAUCUAGAGAAACAUCACAUGGAACUCUCUCCAGAUACAACAGUUAGCGAGGAGGACAUAGAAGAAAAUAGACCUUUGACUUUUCCCUGUCCAACAUGCAGAGCAGUUAUCAAAGUGCCAGCUGGUGGUGUCACCCAGUUCCAGACUAAUUUUUACUUAAACAAAAACACAGUGACCUGUAACAUUUGCGAUAGAGGAGAGGACGCCGUGUCCACGUGUACUGAGUGUGGUGACAACUUGUGUGUCACUUGCCAGCGGUACCACAACAAAUUUCUCUCCAAUCACCAGGUGCAACCUCUAAACUUUAAUUCCAUGCAAGCUUCUAAAGUUAACAUUCAACCUGUAAAGGAGGGUACCAUCGCAGAACAACUCGCGGUGCUGGAGGCGGCGCUGGUGACGAUGAGGGAGGAGGAGGACACGAUGCAGUGGGAGAGGCAGGCGAUGGCUGACGUCAUCAGCAGCCGGGCCGACACCGUGAGGGCGCUAGUGACGCAGGCGGAGGAAAGGAGCCAGAGGUUGCUGGCGGAAAUCGCCGAGAGGCUGGAUAAACAGAUUCAAGAAAAGAUAAUCACUGUACGUGACAGGCACUGUAGGAUCUGGCAGCUGUCCUCACAGGGAGGAACAAAAGGCGAAUUAACUUCUGUCCCGAGUCUCGAGCAAACAGCUUUACUCACUGACGAUGAUGUUCAGAUGUAUAAGCAGCAGUGCAGCAGGGGCAGACAACUACAGACACUGCUGCACCAGUUUGACGACAGCGCCAUCAACAUGCAGGUCAUAGAAGCCUACAUCGGCACAGCGUCCAGUGGCAUACAAUAUACAGGGGAGGACAGCAGCAGUUUGUUAUCAGCGGUUACCUGCAGUGAGACAAGGCCUCUAGAGAAGCAAGUAAGUGAUACACCGCUUACGUCACUGCCAUCAGACAUGACAAAAGUGACACGUGACAUUGCAGACAUUAAGGACAAACUGGCGGCGCUGGAAACAGUUACAAGCCGCUUAGAUAAACAACAGAGAGCAGUUUUACAGUUAGAGGAUUUGAAGGAAGAGAACUCUAAUCUUCAAUCACAAGUUGUGUCUUUGAGAGAAGCGGACUCCAGGAUGCAGGAGAACAUGGACACUUUAGAACUAAACGUGGAGGAGAUUAGAGGAGACUUUUCAACUCUUCAAAAAGACAUAACUAAUAUGGAACACGAAUUUCAAGCAAUGAAGUCAAUUAACCUACUACAGAAUGAUGUUGACAGUUCUCAGCAGGAAUCUUUGUUAAUUGAAACAGAAACUAAGAAGCUCCAAGAUGCCGCCGAGGAACUGAGUAAAGGUUUCAACACCUUUAAAGCGAGUAACAUGGUGGCAUUCAACGCCAGACUACAUAAAGACAGUUUGGCACAGGAAGUCAUCUUGAGUAAAGUUGACUGCAAUGUCGGGCAGGCCUACGACGACACAACAGGCAUUUUCACCGUCCCUGUCACAGGCAUCUACUUCUUUAUGGCCAGAGCGAUGGCAGUUGACGAACCGAGGGACUUUUACCUGGAUAUCAUAGUGGACGACGAGCGAGCUGCUGAGUCAGGAUCCUGUGACGGUGAACCGUUUCGUGGAAUGACCUGCACUGUGCACUUAGUUCAGAAACUAAUACAAGGACAGAAGGUAAAGUUGUGCGUGGGGUGGGACGUUAACGUUCUACGUAACGUAACGUCGUUUUCUGGCGUACUAGUGCUGCCAGACUUUGAUAUUGUGUAACAAGAGCUGCUAUUUUUGCUCGGAUUCAACAAAUCAUCAACAACAAUAAUAAUACAAAGAUAAUGUACAAUGCUCAUUAGUAAAUAUUCCCUUUCAACAACAAAAACAAGAUGAGAUGUGUGUAGACAUAAGCAGAGAAUUACUGAAAGAAUCUUACUCACCAAUUUUAUUUAGUACCACCUUAAUAGAUUCUAUACACAAUUUAUAGGUAUUGCACUUAAUAUAGUUAUGUCACCUUCACUCUACAGCAAAAUUCAGACGAGAUAUUAGUAAAACACAACAUUUAAAUUUGAAGAUAUAUAUAAUUACAAAAAAAAUCAAAACUUUCAACCACAAAUAAUUAAAGAAACCGCCACACAAAUGAAAAAUAAAACACAAUACAACACUUUUCAUUCCUCCUUUUGUUCACAUUUCGACUUUCAACAGUCAUAAAUGAAACUGUCGGCCAUCAAAUGACUUAGAUGGAGAUACGCCGAUCGCUCACUUUUCGCACCGUCUCCCUUCCUCAUCCAUUUCUUCUCCCUUUUUCCAGAUAAAAUAAGUAGCAGGUGUGUGUGUGUGUCAGGGACGCGGUUUUAGAUCACACUUUCACUCACUACCCGCACGCGUCCCCUUGCGUGUUCUUUCACUCACAAAUCACAUAGAUUUGUCGUGGGCAACAUAACUUUAUAUCAACAUUAACUAAAUAUAUGCAAAGUCCGUAGGUCUUCCACACAGCGACCUGCAACUCCAAACUGUCGUAUGUUUUGAAUAAAUCGUUAGUCUUAGUUACUCACACCCAAAAUGAAAUCCUCCUUGAAUUGCACAUACACAAGUUCCCCAAAACGGACAAUCCAUACACUCUGUCCGCUACUCGUCCUUUCUGCCAACCGUCUCUGUAUCCACACGUACAGUCAGACAGCUCCUCCUCCCUCAAAAAUCUCCUCCUUCCGCUUCUCAUCACCUCUCCGGUGGUUACGUUGGGAUUCCACACUCUCAGUGAGUCCCUUCGUAGUUCCUUGACUCGGUAAGCAACUAAUUUACUUAUUACCGGUCCCUGUAUCCACACGUACAGUCAGACCACUUUCACGCCUGUCCUUUCUAUAUCUCUCGUCUCCAGUCGUCUGCUUCUUCCAAAAAUUUUUCACUCCCCUCACAAUCUAAAACUACGUCAUAAAAUGACGUCGGGAUCUGACGCAAAACCACGACGCAGCAAAAACACUCAUCUGCUGACAGGUAAGGGCGAUAAUCUCUGACAAACAAAAGACAGGGGCAACAACCCCCUGUUCCUAACAGUGUGACAGUCCAUUACAACUCUUUUUCGAAACUACACAGAUUACUGAUAUAGGGCACAUGAUGACAAAUGUUCGCGGGUAAUAAAUAUAAAGACACUAUUAACCGUUCGGUUAGGUAAAAUUGUUAUACAAGCCAAUCAUUGAAACAAUCUGGCUGAAUACUGAAUCUGUCGUUUUAGUUUUAAACGAAAUGCCUAGAAAUUAAUAAAUCUUAGUUUCUUUUUUUCUAAUGAAAACGUUGUUGAUAUUGUGUUACUGGCAUACUUAAAAUUGCGUUGUUAUCAUAGACCAAAAUAAAAGUAUAAUACGAA